AUGAACAUUGAGGGUGAUGACACGCGCAACGUUCGUAUUGCUACGACCGCGUCUGGACAUGUAUCCACUUCUCAUGGCCAGUGUGAAGCCAAGUACAUCGAAGUUGAUCGCCUUCAAGCGCAUCUGGACAAGACUCGAGCCGAAGAAGAAGAAAAAGAAAACGACAACGACAACGAUGACGCGUUGCUAUUACCUCAUGCCCAGGCAGUGAACAAUACCGACCCACUCUCGUUUCUUUGCUGCUGCAAGUUCAAGCGACUUGGACAGAGCUACAUUCUUCAUGAACGACGUGAUGGCGUUACAAUGAAGACAAAGCUCGUGAUUAUAGGGCCCCACUGGAUCGGCGUCUUGAUUACAUUGAGCAUUAUCUUGAUAUCUACGGGGGUUAUCCUCUCCCAGCACAUGGCAAAGAUGCCAUGGUACAACAUCAUGAUGACCUUAGGACUCUGUAGCAUGACGCUAUUUUAUUUAUUCCAGACAACGUGUUCGGAUCCAGGCAUUGUACAGUCCAAGACAGAGAAAAACAUGUUGCUAACUGAAGACGAGAGUGAGGUCGCAACGUUGCAAGCUGGCAACGUUAUAACAAGGAAAAAGGCCGUGGAGAUGCAGACUGUUAGUGCUGACUAUGAACUGCGUCGACGGCCACAAAGAUAUCGAUUUUGCGAUAUUUGCGGCAUCAAACAGGACAGAUCAACCGAUCAUUGUGACGAUUGCGGAGUAUGUGUAGCUGGCUAUGAUCAUCAUUGUCCAUGGAUGGGCAAAUGCAUUGGCCAAGGCAACAUACAUGCCUUCAAAAUGUUUAACGUCUCAUGGGUUAGCUACGCUGUGUUUGUGCUAUUUAUCAGCAUUAACUGGGGUCAAGUUUCAGUGUAA